GAGAGAAAUGCUGUGAUCCUUCAGGGCGCCACCUCUCGUGUGACUCACCUGAGACAAACCAGGAAACACAGCUUUGUUGCGCCACGUUAUUGACAACAGAAAAGACCAUAAGAUUCACCUUCGGACAAACGCUACACUUCCACUGACUACGGAGAACUUUCGGGAAAAGAAAUGCUGGGAGUAAUGCGGGAUAUCUUGAAUACUGCCACGUACACCAGCAGCUGACUCUACAGACGGGAUAAGAGUUUUACAGGGGGGUGGGGGCUGAAAUCACAGCUCAAAGUAAAGGUAACUCUGAGGGAGGAGUGGCACCAUUCCAUGUCUGCCUGCUGUGGUUUUAGAUUCACCUAGAGGACAAUGGCUUCCCGUUUUGAGGAGGAUUUCUGCUGUCCCGCAUGCCAGGACGUCUUCAAAGACCCUGUCCUCCUGUCGUGCAGCCACAGCUUCUGCGGAGCCUGUCUGCAGAGCUGGUGGAGCAAGAAACAAUCCCGAGAGUGUCCGGUUUGUCGGACAGUGUCUCAGUGCAGCGAUCCGCCCCGUAACUUGGCGUUGAGGAACCUGUGCGAGGCCUUUUUGCGAGAAAAAGGCCAGGGAGCCUCAUCGGGGCCCGGGACUCUCUGCCCUCUGCACUCGGAGAAGCUCAAGCUCUUCUGCCUGGACCAUCAGCAGCCGGUGUGCGUCGUCUGCCGAGACGCGAAGAUACACACUGACCACAGGUUCAGACCAAUCGACGAAGUGGCGCAGGAUCGCAGAGAGGAGCUCCGGAAGUCCCUGAAAGCCUCGCGGGACAAGCUUAAGGUUUUUAACGACGUCAAAGUGAACUUUGAUCAAACGGCGGAGCACAUAAAGGUCCAGUCUCGACACACGGAGAGGCAGAUUCAGGAGGAGUUUAAGAAGCUCCACCGGUUUCUAGAAGAGGAAGAGGAGGCCAGGAUGGCCGCACUGAGGGAGGAGGAGGAGCAGAAGAGCCGGAGGAUGAAGGAGAAGAUGGAGGCUCUGAGCAGAGAGAUAGCAGCUCUUUCAGACACAGUAAGAGCCACAGAAGAGCAGCUGAGAGCCGAAGACGUCCCGUUCCUGAUCAACUACAGGGCUGCAGCGGAGAGAGUCCAGCAGCCGGAGGAUCCACAGCUGCUCUCGGGGGCUCUGAUAGACGUGGUGAAACAUCUGGGCAACCUGACCUUCAACAUCUGGAAGAAGAUGAAAGACGUGGCGCCCUACAGUCCCGUGAUUCUGGACCCGAGCACCGCCUAUCCUGAGCUCAUCCUGUCUGAGGAUCUGACCAGCGUGAGGCGUGGAAAGAUACAGCGGCUUCCCGAAAACCCUGAGCGGUUCGCGUACUGGGACUCCGUCCUGGGAUCUGGAUUCAACUCGGGGACUCACAGCUGGGACGUCGAGGUCGGAGACAACAAAGAGUGGGAACUGGGGGUGUUAGCCGAGUCCAUCUGCAGGAAAGGAUUCGUGGGGUCUACGGCUUGGAGCGUAGACUUCAGCGAUGUCGGAUACAGAGCGUACUCGCCGGCAAAUAAAUACACGGAUCUCCCAGUCAGGGAGAAGCUCCAGAGGAUCCGAGUUCACCUGGACUGGGACAAAGGGAAGCUGUCCUUCUCCGAUCCCGAUACUAACACACACGUACACACCUUCACACACGCUUUCACUGAGAAAGUGUGCCCAUACCUUUGCACCAGGAAUGCACUCCCUCUCAAAAUACUGCCUGCAGAGAUCUCUGUGAUAGUGAAAAGUUAGAAAUGAGAUUUUUUUUCAACUUGCAAGACAACAGUUAUGCAUUAAGCAUGUGAGGAUACGUAUGAGACAUAAGAUUAGAAACAGGAAAUGAUGUCUAUGAUGACUGUAAUCAAUGUAGCCUAAGUACGCAAACCUUGCAUGCAAAGUAUUAACUUUCUGUUUUCCUCGGGACAAAUUUGACCCGUUGUGUAUUUAUCAGAAAUAAGUUUUUUUUUUCAACCAAAUACCCAAAAAUAACUUGGAUGCGUGGAUGGAUGUUCUAUGGAAGUCAUACAACAUUCUUUGCAGGUAAAAUCAAUGAUUACUUUCAUUGAAUUUUGGUUGUUUUACUCAAUUUCGCAGCAUUUGAAAUUUCUCCUGACUGAACUUUGACAUAAACCAGUCUGUGAUUCACUCAACAUCUUCUGAUCUUAACUAUUAGUCAAAUUAUUUCAUAAGAUCUGCUUUGUUUGAACUCAAAAAUGAGGUGUAAUGUUAUUGAAAUGAGGUUUAUUGACCACGAAUUUUAAAAAGCACGAAAAAUAUCGGAAAAAGCGCCAAGAAAAGAAAGAAGAACAAGUUCAUGGUUGACAGGAAGACAACACAAGGGUUAAACACAAACUGAAAUGUUAAGUCUGGAGUCAAUGGUAUCAAAUAUGCCCCAUAAUGCUUUGUGCCUUGUCAUUUCUGUAGAAACUACCUGGUCAGGGGACCGUGUUGUUAUAUUUACAUAAUAUAAUAUAAUAUAAUAAUGGCAAACUGAAAUUCAAAUGUAGCCAAUUACCCAUUAUUUAGGUAUCAAUAAUUCUAGUCUACUACUUAUAAACUGGCAACUGAUUGUGUGUCGUCACAAUAAAAUACCUUUUAGUAAAAGUACCCACCAGAAAGCAUGCGUUUUAUCUCCACUGCAAUGAACUUUGACAUUAAACAUAGUGAAUUAUAUUCGCUUAUACAUGUUCAGUUAGCACUUAAAGUUUAAUUUAAGUAAAGUUAAAAUCAUGAUUUUAAUGUAAUGUAUGAACAAGAUGACAGAUGUUGUCCCAGCAUCCAAAUUGUUAGCUGUUGGACCACCCAGGACUUGUAUUCUGUCUCGCAGUCACACUUUAGAGUCCAAGGUAACGUCAAGGCUCUAAUUUUUGUCAUUUUUUUCAAUUUUAUUUAAAAAAAAUAAUGGUUUACAUGUGUGAAAAGUUAUGUCUGUAUUGCAAAACAGACAGUAUUCAACGCGUUAAAAUAAAUAAAUGAAUAAAGUGAUGUGUUUUGUUAAUGACUGGAUUCUGUCUCCUCUAGUGGAGCUUAAUUAUCAAAUGUCUUUAAUCAAUUAUUGACAGUUGAAUUGUCUCAUGUGUUUGUGAUUUGAUUCAGCCUUUGGUUCCACUACAAUGUUGUUGCUGCUGCUGCUGCUGCUGCUGUUGCUGCAUAUUGUAAGUUUGAUGGCUGAUAAAUGUGUUUUUUCUUCAAUAAACUAAAGCACCACAGCGUGGGGCAGUUCACAAUC